AUGAAGAUCUUCACUCUCUUCUCCGCCGUAGUUCUCUCUCUCGGCGCGACCGUCUCCGCCCAGCAAAACGCAACUUGCUCCUGUUCGAGCCUCGAAGACCGCCACAUCAUCAACAUCGCGCAGGCCGAGCAAGCCAUCGCAGCGGCGCAAGCACAAGCCGCCAGCAUCAGGGUGUCGGCCAGCAUUGCCGUCACAGAUCCCUCCGGCUUCCUGGUCGCGUUCCGCCGCAACGAUGACGCGCGCCUGCUGAGCGUCGAUGUGUCGCAGCGGAAGGCGCGGACGGUGAGCUUAUUUGCGGGCGCGUUCACAACACAGGCGUUGUUUAAUCUCACGCAGCCGGGUGCUGCGCUUUCUGGUAUCACAGAGACAAAUGGCGGAUUGGUGGCACUUGGUGGCGGAGUUCCCGUCUUUCGCAAUGGGUUCUUCAUCGGGGCGAUUGGCGUUUCGGGCGGUACUUCUGAUCAGGAUGUCGUUAUUGCCAACGCGGGAGUGCAGGCGAUCGGCUCUGUAAGAGCAUAG